AUGAAGGCGACCUUCUCAACUGCCCUCCUUGUUCUAGUCUCAGUGUGGACUUCCUUUGCAGUUGAUUUCCCUCUCCCUAUGAGCCCUCGCGUGACCGACGAGGUCUUCCAGGAGACAAAGGCCUUGUGCAACAAGAACGUAAGGAAUUGCUGGAUGCUUUCCUACUUCAAGCCCAAUGAGCCUAUAUGUGCCACUGACCAAGUUACCUACGGCGGCGAGUGCCAUCUCUGCUCCAGAAUUCUAUAUGAAAGCAGAACCAUAGUUAAAAUGCAUGAUGGAGAAUGUGUAAGUGUGGAUGUGGGCAGGUGCCUACAAAAGCCAGAGGCACUGGGCCCCGUGGAUCUUGACUUACAGGUGGCUGAGCUACCUGACUUCAGUCCUCUGCAAGAGCAACACGCGUUCUUAACCACUCAGCUGUCUCCAGCUUGGAAUUCAGAGUUGUAUUGA